UGUUGUGGCCAUCCUGUACCUGUCACGCAGGUGUGAUAUUCGGAUGUACCGAUCCUGUGCAGGUGUUGUUACACGUGGUCUUCCACUGCGAGGAUGAUCAGCUGUCCUUCCUGUCUCCCUGUAGCGCUGUCUUAGGCGUCUCACAGUGCGGACAUGGCAAAUUAUUGCCCUGGCCACAUCAGCAGUCCUCAUGCCUCCCUCCAGCAUGCUUAAUGCACGUUCACGCAGAUGAGCAGGGACCCUGGGCAUCUUUCUUUGGGUGUUUUUCACAGUCGGUAGACAAGUCUCUUUAGUGUCCUGCGUUUUUAGAACUAUGACCUUAAAUGCCUACUCUCUGUAAGCUGUUAAGGUCUUAACAACCAUUCCACAGGAGCAUGUAAAUUAAUUGAUUAUGGUUUAUUGAACAUGCAUGGAAAACAUUGUUUAAACCCUUUACAAUGAAGAUCUGUAAAGUUAUUUGGAUUUUUACAACAUUAUUGUUGAAAUACACAGUCCUGAAAAAGGGACGUUUCUUUUUUUGCUGAGUUUAUUUGGCGCUUAUUACAACAUGUAAAAAAAUGAAUGGAGAUGUUUGGGGAGGAUAUUAUUUCGAAUUACUUCUUUGAAUUAAGCACUAUUUUGUUGCCUCCCACCCAUUGUUCUAAUUGACCGAACUGCUAAGUGAGGUGUCAAGUUUGCCAAACUUAUAGCAUGGGACAGCCCAAUGUCAUCAGCAUAGCUAGUGUCCAGUGUUUCCUCAAAGAAGGCUCUACAAGUAGACAUUUGGAGCUGUAAGAGAUAAGGUGAGACCACCCUCCCUGUGGGACCCCUGAUACUACCUCUGUUCAUAAGCUCAUGAACUAAUUUGACAUCACCAUCUGGGUUCUCUCUGUUAUAUAACGGCUAAGCCACCUUUGACACAGACUGAGACUUGUUAGAUCCUGUAAGAGUUGAGUAGCCUUGGUCAACACGAUCAAAAGCAUUUGACAUGUCUGCCAGCGGACCGAAGACCAUUUUGGGCUUCUCUGAGAUUGUCUCGUUAAACCCUGUGUAUGUGGCUUUGACCAAUGCAUUUGUUGUGCUGUGUUUUGGCAAAUAUGCAUGUUCGUUUUCAUUCUGCAAGCGCAACUGGCAUUAUCUUCUUGACAAUGAGCCUGUCCUGUACUUUGCACAGAUGGAUUUGGGAUUUUAGGAAUAGGUGCAGAUGUUAGCCAUCUUCCACGCUGUAGGUACACAGCCCGGUGGAUAGGAGGUGCUAAUCAAGUGUGUCACCACUGAAGGUAUAUCCUCAGCAAAUUACUUUAGUAACCAGGGGGUAUACCAUCUGGACAACAUGUGAGUCUUCAAAUUGCUUUUUCCAUUUUUAAUUUUUUCUUCCCCAGUAUGGCUAGGAAGAAGAAACACUGUGAGGGAUGUAUUUCCUGUCUAUGCUUCAACAAAAAGUUGUUUAUUACCUUCUUCUUCAGUCCUUUGCUCACUGUAAGGCCAGUAACAUUCAAUCAAGUUGAAAGAAGGAAGCAAGCAACAGUCCAACAAUACCAAAACAAAUCUACAAAUCUUCAGAAACAGGGACAGAGAUUUUACUGCCACUUGUUUUGCACAUGACAACAGUAUUGAAGAUGUCUGAACAGUUCCUGAAGACAAUUGCAGAGAACAACGUCAUAAUAUUGAAUGUAAUGGAAGCGUUUCAGCAGGGAGCUGAGAUGUUAGCAAGUACCUUAGUUGACCUGACCCCAUUUUUCAAAGUGGCUGGUCCUUUUGUAAAAUUGGCCCUGGAACAUUUAGGGAAAGAUGAAGCCAUAUCCAUAAAGAAGCAGUUCCAGAAAGUUUGUGAACGCCUGGAUGUUGCUUCAGAAGAGAAUAAGUUGAUUAACAGUGUGAUCAAGCAGAGUGCAAUGAAAAUGUACUUAUUUCCUGUGGAGGAGAACAUUACCAACCUGUUCCGCAAGUACAUGGACAUCCUCAAUAUCGAUAAUCCCAGAGAUAUAAUGAUAAAUCUCUUCAUGCAGCAUUACGACACAACAGGUGGCGAGAAAAAUCUACACAGCCUCUACAAUGCUGUGAUCAGAAGUUCUGGAGAGUCAGUGUUGGAGAUCAUGCGAGACAGUGUGAAAAAAAGUAGACGAGCUAUGGAAGAAUUCUGUGCCAAACUGAAGAAUCUCUUUUGCAUGGGCAUCAUCGUUGUGAUGGGUUACACUGCUCUUAAGGGCUACGAUGAGACAGAGAAACUUCAAUACUGGAAAUUAAACAUGGAAAAGGUUCAGUUGAAAAUGAAUACUGUCAUUGAAGAUUGCAUCACUAGCUUCCCUGAGCAGGCUAAAGAGGAUGUCCAUAGCUGGUUUAAUAAAUACUCCACAACAGCCUCUUCAGAAAACAUUGGCAAGGAUCUGGCUGAACAGGACCUGGCCGAUGUCAUUCUGAAGGAGCUGGGAAAAAAGUAUGACUGGGUGCGUUGGUCUGUCCGUAUAUUCAUCUCCCCUUCCAGCUUCUUCUGCAAAAAAGAAUUCCAGUUCAUAGAAGGCAAAAGUUACUUUAAGGAGCAAGCGGCAGACAUGAACAUCAUGGUGUCCUACAGUGACUCACCUACACCUCUGAACAAGGCCCAGAUCCAGAAGCUGAUCCAGGAGCAAAAGAAAAUCCGCAUUACAAAUACAACCAAGUUCAUAUUUAACCAGUUAGAAACAUGUGUAGUCCACAUAUUCCAGACAAAAAAUCUUGGUCAUGCCUGUAACUUUCACGAAGAUCAACUCUACUUGGAGGAGCAUAAUAAGAACACCUUUGUUUGUGUUCACUCUAAUGGAGGUUCUCAGGAUAAUUCAUAAUUAACCUCUCAAUGUCACAUUAUGUCUAACUUAACUUAACUUUCUGUACAUAUACUACUGCAUUGUCAGUAUGAAAUGAACCACAUACAAUUACCAUGGUUUUCCCAAUCUAUGUGUUGAGAAUCAACAUUUUACACUGAGUCUUGAUAAAUAAGUAUUCUUUCUUGACCCCAAAAAUUAGUGUGGACUGUCGAACAUUAAAAAGGUAACAAUUUAAUUGCAUUUGUUUUCUGUAGCUAACUAUGA